GUGGUCUUUCAAGUCUUUGAGUGACCCAGGCAGCUGGUCCACAGCUGUACUACUAGACUAGCUAGCGUUCGCGUUCGCAACUGGUACACCGGCAUAACGCAAUCGCGCUGCAUGGACGCGCUCAUUGAGGAGCGGCUUUCACAGCUUGAGGAAAUCUCCAAACGACGCAAUGCCUUACUCGUGGCCAUGCACGCACUUCUCAAACGACGAGAGAAUCUAGCAGCUCUGUCGUUAGAGGACGAGGAAGAGGAUCAUGAGGGGUUAGACGAGUUUCUGAGCCGCUUUGACCUUCAGAACCAUUCAGCAGAAAGUAUCAUGGACUUAGAGAUUGAACUCCUUGCGCCGCCGGAACCGUCGUCCGACAUGGAGGUCGACGAUGAGCCCGCGGUGGCCCUCGCUUCGCCCCAUGAUGUAGAGGAUGAACUUGCUCAUGCCACCCGUGAACCUACGCCCGCUGAUGAGAUGAAAGAAUCGAGCCUGCAGCCCGUUAUGCACAUAUCCCCUGCGCCGCCCUCGCGCUCCCCUACACCCCUCCCUCAAACUCCACCCGCCCAUGAAGAAACCGUGUUUCAGGACGGGAAGCUCAUGCAUGCAUGGCUGCCUCCGUCUACCGAGGAUGACCAGAAACGCUCGGUCGACGCGAUGGACACAGGUGAAACAGGACCAGGAGUUGGGCACCCUUUCUUCAUCCCGACACCAAGCACACCCGCCCGCGAACUUCCAGACUUCGUAUUCGAUCCCGACGCUGAUAAACUCGUCGGCACGUCUCCUUCACGGAAGACGGUCAAUCCUGCGGACACGUUGCUUUCUUCUACUGCCAAGUAUUCUCUCCCACCCUUGAAGGCCCUACCCUUGGAAUUUGUACGCAAAGCAAAGCCGGCGAAGUCUCGUAAACGCGAGAAAGAUAAAGAGCGCCUGGGUUCCGCGUAUUCUGAUGGAAGGAAAGACAAGGAGGAAUGGAUGCCAAUGGGCCUACAUCGUUGGGGCGCUACGAUACGUGCCAAUCCGACAUGGAAAAGGGUUGCUCGAGCAACCAAGUGUCUGGAUACACGGCAGUGGUUGAUCGCUACACAGGAGCUGACGCUUAUCCGAACCUUGGACCGCAUUGAGACCCUUAAGGAUGCAGGAAGGUGGAGCUUCAGACAACCAAAGAAACACAAACCUAUCGGAUACCAGACAAAGACCCACUGGGAUUAUCUUAUGGAAGAAAUGAAAUGGAUGCGUAUCGACUUCCGUGAAGAACGCAAAUGGAAACUGUCCCUCGCCUACGCGCUUGCUCACGAAGCCGUGCAAUGGCACGAGGCUGGCAACUUGGCCGAGCGCGUCAAGCAAGGUAUAUGCGUGCCACGCAAGUGGCCACGCGCCGAGCUCGAGGAGGAGCAAGGUGAGGGAGUGGUGGAUGUUGACCAUGAAGAUGAACAUGCCCGGACGGUGAUGGACACUCCCGCGCCACUUGCGGAUGAAGGUUCUGACGACAGCGACGACGAGCAGGACCGCGAACAGCAAGAUGUACUGGACGCACUGAAUACCACCGCGGAUGUGGAUUACGCACUUCAACAAGCUGCAGAUAUCACGGAGCAUGCUCAACAGAAGGAACCCAAGCUUGAAGACGUGGAUCAUUCGUCUGCUCUGCAAAAUGCAGGUUCAAAUGCCCCUGUAACGGAUAGCAACAUCACGUCUGCAGGCUCCGCGGAAACGCCCCAAGGAGAAAAUGUCGCUGUCACUGUAUAUACACAAGCGCUGAAGCAAGAAUCCUCGAAUCCGAUCCUCGGUACCUCCGCACCUCAGGACGUGGGCGCUGAUACUCCCGCGGCCGACCAGAAGCCGCAUAUUAAAUCAAACGUCUACGCCCCGUUGCGCGAAAAGAUCGCUCUUUUGGGCGAACAAUCGCUAUUCCUCGACUGGGAUGCGCUCGACUUACCCAGCCUCGCCUCUGCGGUCGGCGAACUGGAACCUAUACCUGCUCCCGCCGAUCUCUCGUACAUCUUCCCUGAGCUCACCGUUCUUGGUAUUCCUGAUGUUACCACGAAUCUCCUUGUCGGCGAGAUCAAGAAGAAAAACGGCAAAUCCGACAACAGGAGGGUCGAGGAAGCGCUCGCCACGAAGCUUGUUCCGAUUGGACAGUUCAUGAACGUCAAACCAACGUUGAUUGGAGCACUUGAACCGUCCAAGCAUUGGUACGAUGGUGAAUGGCAUGAUCUUGAUGACUCUGCCGUGGUAGUCGAGUACGAAGGACCCUUGACCAAGGCGAUUGAAGAGAGUGGUUGCGGUCUGUUUGACGGAAACAAACCAAAUGCCGGGCCUCUGGUAACUCCUUCGGCCCUUCCACAGGCUCCCAAAGAUCCUCGUCGUCGCGUAUCGGACAAUCCUUGGAGCCCCGAAGACGACAUGCUGUUGCGCAGUCUAAUCGAAAGGUUCCCCAACAACUGGAGACUAAUCGCAGAUUCAUUCAAUUCCAUGCGAUACUCGAUUCCAACAGACAGACGUACUGCUUGGGAAUGUUUCGAUCGAUGGUCCACUCAGAUAGUUGGAAACCGGGGAACACCCGCAGGCGAGGAUACUAGAUCUGUUCCGCCUACCCCGACAACGGCUACGAUGACAACUAGAGGCGUCAAACGUCAGGCAACAGCGAGCCUUGCAGCGAAUGGCGCACCCAGUGGCAGUCCUGCGCCUGGCCUCGAAUCGAAGAAACGGCGACGUCAUAACCUCAUGCACGAUGCUAUACGAAAAGCAGUCAAGAAACGAGAGUCCGCAGCGAAGGCUCAGGCUCAGCGCAAGACAACCGCGGCCACUCACGACACUCAUGCACAAUAUAACAAGAUGCCGAGGCUGACACCGAUAGACCUCAGCCGCAUGAAGCAGGAGAAAGAGGCCAGGGACCAGCAAGAGCAAAUGAGGCAACGUCGCCAGUUGAAUGAUCAGUACAUCAUGAAGCAUGCACUGCAGGCGCAGUACCGUAUGAAUGGCAUGCAAGGCAUGGCAGCAAUGCAGCAGGCUCAGGCGUUACAGCAGCAGCAGCAGCAGGCCCAAGCACAAGGUCAACAACAGCCCGUAGCUACAACCCGCAGUGCCGCAAACGGUAUCCCGGUGGCGCAGGGCGUUCCCCAAAUCAGAGCGCAAGUUAACAUUUCGGGACAGCAGAGGACGAGUACCCCGAUGACCCCUAGCAAUACCCGUAUGUCUCCACAGCAGAUCAUCCAGGCGCAGGCGCAGGCGCAAGCACACGCCCGGGCUCUGGCUGCUGCGCAAGCAAACCCACCUCAGACGCACCUGUCGCCGCAGUUCGCACCCAGAGGUGCCUCUUCCUCCCCUGCGGUGCCGCACGGGAGCCCCGUGGCGGCGGCGGCGGCCGUUGCAACCUCGCCUCGGCCAACGGCGCCUCAGGCGUACCCGAACAUACCACCCGCAACGCCAGUGGUAGCGAGUGGGCCCCGUAUUCCAUUCUACCAAGUACCGGGAGCUCCUGCGCAGUUCACCCCAGAACAGGUUGAACAAGCUAUUCGAAUGCACAACAUGCUUCAGGACGCUUGGAAAUCCAAGGAACAGGGAGAAGAGGCUCGUUAUGCCCUGGCGAAGGAGCAAGAGCAAUUGAAGGCUAUCCGCGAUCAGAGCGCGAAGAGGGAGCAGGCGGAGAAUGGCACCCAGAAAGAUUUCGAGGGCGGUUACGGCGGCCAGGAGGAUCUCGAGGAUCGUUACGCUACCACGAGCGGCGAGCAUUGA